AUGUCGGAGAGAAAUACAUCCACCACGAAUAAUAACGUUUUCAAGCAGAGAGAAUCAAAAGAAGAACAACAUUUAAUGCGGAAUAACGACACUCCAUUAUAUACGUUAGAAUUCAUCGAUCUUUUUGAAUGGAAGUUAUUCAGGUGGUUGGCUUCCUUAGAAAAAGUUGAAAACUUUGUAUAUUUAUUUAUAGUAAUUUGGGAUUCUAUUUCAUUGCAAAAUCCACAAAUUUUACAAGAAUUCAUUAAAGAUACCAAUGAUAUGGUUGCGUCCAUAAAAGAAUUGGCCGGUUUAAAGGCACUUGGUUCUACACAACGAGGCGUAUGUAUUAGCAAUUUAAUAGAAUAUAAAAAAUCUCGUUUUAACGACAAUCAUGGACUGCAAAAAAGGUUUGCCGACAAUGCUUGGGCAGAAUUAGAAGAUUACAAAUUACGUCACUCACAUGCUUUCGAGGAGCAAUUAAAACGUUUAACGAUGGAGCAAAAAAUGUGUCUUAGACAAACGAUUUAUCAUAGAAUGAAUUCCUUUCGAUCAUUUGCGAAUAGAAUUCAAAAAUCAAAUAAAAGAGAAGAAGAAUUUGUAAAUGAUUUAAAAGAACAAAUUAAGACCUUGAAAGAAGAAAAUUCACAACAACAAGCGGCUCUUGGCAAUAUAAUAAAUGUAUCUUGGGAUGAUGAUGAUUCCAAUAAUACAGGAAAGUUAAUUGCUGAUAUUGAAGAAUUACAGGAUAUGCUUUCAGAUUUUACAAUGGUUCAGGGAAGUGAUUUUAAAGUUAACAUAGAUGCAGCAACAAGCAUAUUAAAGAAUUAUAAUUGUCAAGGGAAAUAUCCAAGUACGGACGCAGAUCUUAUUUUAGGAGCGGUACUUCAACGUUGCACGAUCGCAACAAUCCUGGACGAGGUACAAAAACAUUUACAAAAUGCACGUACUGACAACAUUGAUCCUCUUGAAAGUGAUAUUGUAAAUACCACCGAAAGUUUAAUCAAAUAUACCGAAUUAUUAAGAGAUAAUCGUAAAGGAAGUGAUGAUAUCUCUAAAGUAACGCCAAUCAAAAUUCGUCAAUAUGUUUAUUCAGCACUUGGUUGUCGCGGUUUUUUCGAUAAUGAAAAUCCUUUAAUUAAAAGAACGGCAAAUAAAUUGUUGAAUGAAAUGAAUCAAUUUAGACAAGUGAUGGAAAAAGAAACUAGCGAUGAAUUAAAUGACCUAGCUUUUACAAUUACUCGUGAAGUUAUCAAUAUUUUUUGUUUUCGCUUAAAAACACAAGCUUCCGAACUGCAGCAUAAAUUUUUCCAAGCUGGUCAAGCCAUAGACGUUCGUUUUAUGCGAGGAAGUUUCGGACGUGAUGAAGCUAAAAAUUUGGAGGUGGAAAUUUGUGGAUUUCCUUGCAUCGGUGUGUUCGAUGGUGAACAGAAAGUAUUUACGAGGGCUCAAGUUAUUGCAAGAAAAAAAAGAAGAAAUAGUGAUGAAUCUAUUGUCAAAACCAUGAAAAACUUGAUUAUUGGAAAUAAGUGA